UGGGCUUCGAGGACACACAGACUCCGCCCCCGCCCCAGCUACCCGAGACCCUGCCUUUCUCACCCCAAGCACAGAGCCCGAGGUCCCCUCAGAUCCUCACAGCCCCCAACGACCGCCCCACAGAUGUCUCAAAGGAGCCCUAUCCUCACAAUCCCAGACUCCCCCGGAUGUAUGCACAGAUCUCCGCAGAUCCUACCUAGACACUCACAGAGAUCCCGCAACACACACCCCACUUUUCAGAAGUAAACCCUCUGGGCUCGCCCCCUCGAGGCCCAAUGCAAGCCCCUCAGGAGACCUCACCCACCGGGGAGGUGACCAGACCGCCGUUGCCACGGAGACUACUAGGCGUUCCGGUUGCCCUGGUGACCGGCGCCUACUCUCCUGGCCCAGGUUCCGUAGGCUUCAGUCAAGACCCUCCCUCAUCUGCCCUAGACCCCUUGUCCCUACCCACUUCCCCAGGUCAUGCCAGAGCUCCUUUGCGAAGUUCUGCAGAUGUCCAACUCCCCUCCCCAGAUAGCAGACUUUCAGGCAAGGCAUUUCAACACUCAGCGCCUGCAGCUGGGGCACAUCCACAACCAAGAGCCUUUCCUCCCUGAGGAUCAACACCUCCCACUGCCAUCCUAAGUCAAGGUCUUGACCUAAGGACUUGUAACAACCAAGCCAAAGCCCAGAGCCGGGCAUGGUGGCAUACGCCUGUAAUUCCAGCUACUCGGGAGGCUGAGCAGGAGAAUCACUUGAACCCAUGAGGCGGAGGUUGCAGUGAACCGAGAUUGCGCCACUGCACUCCAGUCUGGGCAACAGAGCGAGACUCCAUCACAAAAAGAGAAGAGAAGGCCAGCAGGCAGAUGGAAGCACAUGAGAUCAUAGAAGAGCCUCAUACCACCAUGGAUGCAGAGGAGCACCCCCCUUCAAAGGACCCCUCUGCUGAGGACUUACAGGAGAACCAUAUCUCUGAAAGCUUCUUGGAGCCUUCCACCUCUGAGACCCCCUUAGAGCCCCAUACCUCUGCAUCCCCUUUGGUGCCAUCCCCUUCCCAGAUCCCCUUAGAGGCCCAUUCCCCUGAAACCCGUCAGGAGCCUUCCAUCUCUGAUACUCCUUCAGAGACCCCUACCUAUGAGGCUUCAUUGUAUAGUCCCACCUCAGUGGUGCCAGAGAAACACCUUACUCUUCCUCCCCAAUCACGAGACUAUGUCUCUCUGUCUUCUUCUGAUACUCUGAAGGAAGACCUCCCCUCUGAGUCUUCUUCCAAUGAGGUCCCAUGGACAAGGAGGUCUACCCAUCUCUCUGAAUCUGAGAGCCUUCCAGAACACUCUUUUUCAGGCCCUUCAGCCCAGGUCCAAGUGGACACAUCCAAAAAGCAGGAGGAAGAAGCAGGAGAGGUUGAAAAUGGAGUAGAUGCCAGUGACAGCACUGCUCACACAGCCCAACCUGGACACCAACUAGGUAACACAGCCCACCCAGUGUUCCCUGCUAAGCAGACAGAGCUGGUGGAAGUGGCUAAGGCAAUGCAUAGAGAGGGGUUUGGUGCUCAGGUGAACAAUCUUUUCCAGUGGGAGAAGGAUGCAGCCCUGAAUGCCAUCCAGACAGGUCUCUACAUUGGCUGGCGCUGCCCCCAUUACCUAUGGGACUGUUUCCGGAUUGGGGAUGAGUCCAGAUGCUUUUGUGGACACUUGUUGAGAGAGCACCGGCUCAUCUCAGACAUAUCGGUGCCCUGCAAGGUAAGCCAGUGCCGCUGCUUCAUGUUCUGCUUUAUCCCAUCACGCCCAGAGGAGGUGGGUGAGUUCUGGCUCAAGAGACAGGCCACCUUUGACCCCAAGACCUGGAGGGCCCAAUGUCGCUGCAAACACAGCCACGAAGAACAUGCAGCCACUGGGCCCCAUCCCUGCAGGCAUCAUGGCUGUUGCUGCGGCUGCUUUGAGUCUAAUUUCCUCUGUGCGGCCUGUGACCGGCGCUGGGAGGAACACGAGACUUUCUUUGAGACCCAGAAGACCCGGCGACGAGGAGGGAGGCCUCACGGGACAGACACUGUCAGCAACUGGCACAGGCCUUUGUGAGUCUGGCCCAGAUCAGCAAUAAAAGAGGAGUCACUGGAACCUGACUUGGCUCUAUAUGGGGCAGAUAGAUCCCAGCCCAGGGAGAGACUGCCUAAUAACUUAGAGUUGACACCUAUUAGGCACAGGAGAAAGCCUGGAUCUGGCCAUCUGCCUCCAUCACACCCACAUUCAAGCUGCCUGCUUGAAGGCAAGUGGCUUCAAGGAAGCCAGGAAGGGAGGAAGUUUCAAGAAGGAUAGAGUGGGAAGUGAUGUUAGAUGCAGUUGGGGCACCAAUAAGAUAAAGACUGAAAAGUGUCCAUUGGGUUUUGCAAUUAGAAGAUAUUUGGGAACAUCGGAGAGUGCAGUUUCACACUGGUGCAGUGGAGGCAGGAGUCAAACAGCAGUGAGUUUCAAGGAGUCUCUUAAAGAAGCUUGGAUAUAAAGUACAAAAGAAAAGUCAGACAAGAUCCAGAGGGAGUUGUGGAGUCAAGGAAGCACUUUUGUAGGAAGGAAAAGAGAAAGAGGCCAGUAGACUAAAGGACCUUGAAGGACCCAGAAGAGAGAGAAGAGAUGCCUGGUCCGAGGAGCUGCAGGUGUGACUGAUGGGAAUGAAGUGGCUAAGGCCCAGCAGGCAACUCCUGGGGGAGCAGCCCCAACCAUCUUCUCGCGGAUCCUGGACAGGAGCCUCCCAGC